AUCAAACAAUACAAUAUGACUGAAGUACUAGACAACAACAAUAAUACAAUGUCUGUCGAAUCAACACAGACACAGACACAGACAUCUACAACAACUAUAACAUGUAUAAAAGAAAUGACAGAUAUCGGCGCAGUACUCUUAUCACAAGGUGCAGAGGCUAAAACAUAUAGAUAUAUACUAAAUGGAAUGGAAUGUAUUGUCAAAGAGAGAUUCGUAAAGAAGUAUAGACAUCAGUUAUUGGACGCAAAGAUACAGGCAAAGAGAUUGUUGAUGGAGGUGCGCAACAUUAAUAAGUGUCGUCGUCAUCAGAUACCAGUGCCAACACUAUACUUUAUUGAUACUGUUAGCAAUCGUAUAUAUAUGGAGUAUGUCGAUGGUCAGACCGUCAAGCAAUACCUUUGGGAUAACAAGCCAACUUCAGCUCUGACAUCAUCAUCAACUUCUACCAUCAUCACAUCGAUAUGUCGUGACAUUGGUAGAUUGGUUGCAAAGAUGCAUGAUAAUAAUGUGAUACAUGGUGACUUGACAACAUCAAAUAUAUUACUACGCAAUGGUAGUGGAGAGGAUAGCAAUCUGGUAUUCAUAGACUUUGGAUUGAGCUAUGUGUCAACGAUGCAGGAGGACAAGGCUGUGGACUUGUUUGUGUUGGAGCGUGCGUUCAUAAGUACUCAUCCAGACUCUGAAUCAUUGUUCUCCAGUGUGCUCGAAGGCUAUGCAAGCUAUUCAAACAAGACCAAACAGAUACUUGACAAACUGGACCAAGUUCGUCUGAGAGGCAGGAAGAAGCUUGCCUUUGGUUAA